AGGGGGCUGCAGAGUGCCCCUCUCUGAUGAUAUUUUCUCAGCUGUUUGCAAAACAGUCAGGGAGGCGGUGAAGCCUUGAGCCAGGCAGCCGGGCUGUCUCUUUAAAUGCCUGGGUCUGUGUGGGAGAGGGAGGGGCCGGCUCUGGAGUGCGUGAAAUUCCUGGGCUCCUCCGGCAGUCUCAGGCUCCGAGCUCAGCCCUACACAUCUCCUCUUGCAUGCAACUCACUGAGAGGCAGAGGCGAGCGUGUCCUCCCCUCUUGAAGCUGCCAGCAUCUCCAACCACCGAGGACCUGCUUUUCGCACCUCCAACACCCUCUUCCCUUCUUCCCUGUCACUCCCUCCCAGAGAGAGAGAAAAAGAAAAGGAGAGAGAAAGAUUCUGGAAUUUGAACCUCCCCGAAGAGGAAACAUACCCAGCAAACUCAGUUGAUUAAACAUCCAACAAACAAACGGAUCCUAAAUCUUCUGUGCGACUGGAAAGUCUUCCCGCAGGUCUUUUUCUGGAAUCCUGGGAAGCAGGUUAUGGGCAGGACUGCUUCUGGCCCACACCAUGAAGCCUGAGUCUGCUUCCGCUCUGCCCUGGGCCCUGCUCUGCGUGAGCACUCUGCUUCCAGCCACCGUUCUCCCUGCAGCACCCUGCUGCUAGGGGGGUAGAACUUCAGGACUGGUCCUUGGCCCAUUUCUACCUUUCACCUGUCUCACCUCGCUGCUCACUCCUCCUCCAUCACGGCACCCCGGACCCUAGCCCUGUCCCUGGCCUCCCUGGCUGGGGUGUUUCAGGGUCCAACGGGAGGAGUGCAUUGCUGAAGGCUUUCAUCCACCGGGCACCUUCUCCUCCUUGAAUCAAGGCCUCCGGAUCCACAUGGAUAGCUGAGAUCUUUUCUUGGAGAAAGUCACUUGGCUCCUCACGCCAGGCCCUCGCCGACCCACCUGAUUUUCCUCCUCUUCUGCUGCCCUGUCUUUUUCCUCUGCCUCUUUUGUGAAUUUCUUGCUGGAGUGCCCACCUGGGGCUGUCCUCUUCACUUUCCUCCUUCUUCACCCUCUCGAUAGUUGUGCUUGCAACUUCUUCCUCUUGUGUGCUCUCUGUCCCCCCACCCAUCUCCUCUGCCCCUCUCCCUUCUCUGCAAAGAGGGGUUAGUCCCCGAGGGCUGUCCCCAACUGUCUGAUCCCCGGGCUUGAUCGGUCCUGGCAGCCACGAUGAGUUUCACCAUGCACUCAGUGUUCUUCACCCUGAAGGUGAGCGUGCUGCUGGGGUCCCUGCUGGGGCUCUGCCUGGGCCUCGAAUUCAUGGGCCUCCCCAACCAGUGGGCCCGCUACCUCCGCUGGGAUGCCAGCACGCGCAGUGACCUGAGCUUCCAGUUCAAGACCAACGUCUCCACAGGGCUGCUCCUCUACCUGGACGAUGGUGGCGUCUGCGACUUCCUCUGCCUCUCCCUGGUGGAUGGCCGCGUGCAGCUCCGCCUCAGCAUGGACUGUGCUGAGACUGCAGUGCUGUCCAACAAACAGGUGAAUGACAGCAGCUGGCACUUCCUCAUGGUGAGCCGUGACCACCUGCGUACGCUGCUGGUGCUGGAUGGUGAGGGCCAGUCUGGGGAGCUACAGCCCCAGCGGCCCUACAUGGAUGUGGUCAGUGACUUGUUCCUGGGCGGAGUCCCCGCAGACAUACGACCUUCUGCCCUGACCCUAGAGGGAGUACAGGCCAUGCCUGGAUUCAAGGGAUUCAUCCUGGAUCUCAAGUACGGCAACUCAGAGCCUCGGCUUCUGGGGAGCCAGGGUGUCCAGUUGGAUGCUGAGGGACCCUGCGGUGACCGUCCCUGUGAAAAUGGUGGGAUCUGCUUUCUCCUGGAUGGCCAUCCCACUUGUGACUGCUCUACCACUGGCUAUGGUGGCAAGCUCUGCUCAGAAGAUGUCAGUCAAGGUCCAGGCCUCUCCCACCUCAUGAUGAGUGAACAAGGUAGAAGUAAAGCUCGAGAGGAGAAUGUGGCCACUUUCCGAGGCUCAGAGUACCUGUGCUACGACCUGUCUCAGAACCCAAUCCAGAGCAGCAGCGACGAAAUCACCCUCUCCUUUAAGACCUGGCAGCGCAACGGGCUCAUCCUGCAUACGGGCAAGUCGGCUGACUACGUCAACCUGGCUCUGAAGGAUGGCGCGGUCUCCUUGGUCAUUAACCUGGGGUCCGGAGCCUUUGAGGCCAUUGUGGAGCCAGUGAACGGAAAAUUCAAUGACAACGCCUGGCAUGAUGUCAAAGUGACACGCAACCUCCGGCAGCACUCAGGCAUCGGACACGCUAUGGUGACAAUCUCUGUAGAUGGCAUCCUGACCACGACAGGCUACACUCAAGAGGACUACACCAUGCUGGGCUCAGAUGACUUCUUCUACGUGGGAGGAAGCCCCAGUACUGCUGACUUGCCAGGUUCACCUGUCAGCAACAACUUCAUGGGCUGCCUUAAAGAGGUUGUUUAUAAAAAUAAUGACAUCCGUCUGGAGCUGUCUCGCCUGGCCCGGAUUGGGGAUACCAAGAUGAAAAUCUAUGGGGAAGUUGUAUUCAAGUGUGAGAAUGUGGCCACGCUGGACCCCAUCAACUUUGAGACCCCAGAGGCUUACAUAAGCUUGCCCAAGUGGAAUACCAAACGCAUGGGUUCCAUCUCCUUUGACUUCCGCACCACCGAGCCCAAUGGCCUGAUCCUCUUCACUCACGGCAAGCCCCAAGAGAGGAAGGAUGUUCGAAGCCAGAAGAACACCAAGGUGGACUUCUUUGCCGUGGAACUCCUGGAUGGCAACCUGUACCUGCUGCUUGACAUGGGCUCUGGCACCAUCAAAGUGAAAGCCACUCAGAAGAAAGCCAACGAUGGGGAAUGGUACCACGUGGACAUUCAGCGCGACGGCAGAUCAGGUACCAUAUCAGUGAACAGCAGGCGCACGCCCUUUACCGCCAGUGGGGAGAGCGAGAUCCUGGAUCUGGAGGGGGACAUGUACCUGGGCGGGCUGCCCGAGAACCGUGCCGGCCUCAUCCUCCCCACCGAGCUCUGGACUGCCAUGCUCAACUACGGCUACGUGGGCUGCAUCCGCGACCUGUUCAUCGAUGGGCGCAGCAAGAACAUCCGGCAGCUGGCGGAGAUGCAGAACGCGGCGGGCGUCAAGUCCUCCUGUUCACGGAUGAGCGCUAAACAGUGUGACAGCUACCCCUGCAAGAACAACGCUGUGUGCAAGGACGGCUGGAACCGCUUCAUCUGUGACUGUACGGGCACCGGCUACUGGGGGAGAACCUGCGAAAGGGAGGCGUCCAUCCUGAGCUACGACGGCAGCAUGUACAUGAAGAUCAUCAUGCCCAUGGUCAUGCACACCGAGGCAGAGGAUGUGUCCUUCCGCUUCAUGUCCCAGCGGGCUUACGGGCUGCUGGUCGCCACCACCUCCAGGGACUCUGCCGACACCCUGCGUUUGGAGCUGGAUGGCGGACGCGUCAAGCUCAUGGUUAACCUAGACUGUAUCAGGAUAAACUGUAACUCCAGCAAAGGACCUGAGACCCUGUAUGCGGGGCAGAAGCUCAACGACAAUGAGUGGCACACUGUGCGAGUGGUGCGGAGAGGAAAGAGCCUUAAGUUAACGGUGGACGACGAUGUGGCCGAGGGUACAAUGCUGGGGGAUCACACCCGCUUGGAAUUCCACAACAUUGAAACUGGCAUCAUGACCGAGAAACGUUACAUCUCCGUUGUGCCCUCCAGUUUCAUCGGCCACUUGCAGAGCCUCAUGUUUAACGGCCUGCUCUACAUCGACUUAUGCAAAAAUGGCGACAUUGACUACUGUGAACUGAAGGCACGUUUUGGGCUGAGGAACAUCAUCGCUGACCCUGUCACCUUCAAGACCAAGAGCAGCUACCUGAGCCUGGCCACCCUGCAGGCCUACACCUCCAUGCACCUCUUCUUCCAGUUCAAGACCACCUCAGCUGAUGGUUUUAUUCUCUUCAAUAGUGGUGAUGGCAAUGACUUCAUUGCAGUUGAGCUAGUCAAAGGGUACAUCCACUACGUAUUUGACCUCGGAAAUGGCCCCAAUGUGAUCAAAGGCAACAGUGACCGCCCCCUGAAUGACAACCAGUGGCACAACGUCGUCAUCACCCGGGACAACAGUAACACUCACAGCCUGAAAGUGGACACUAAGGUGGUCACUCAGGUUAUCAAUGGUGCCAAAAAUCUGGAUUUGAAAGGUGACCUCUACAUGGCAGGUCUGGCCCAAGGCAUGUACAGCAACCUGCCAAAGCUCGUGGCCUCCCGGGAUGGCUUCCAGGGCUGUCUGGCAUCCGUGGACUUGAACGGGCGCCUGCCGGACCUCAUCAAUGAUGCCCUCCACCGGAGCGGACAGAUCGAGCGUGGCUGUGAAGUUGCGUUGACCAAAGCUGACCUGCAAGGACCAAGUACCACCUGCCAAGAAGACUCGUGCGCCAACCAGGGGGUCUGCAUGCAGCAGUGGGAAGGCUUCACCUGUGACUGUUCCAUGACCUCAUAUUCUGGAAACCAGUGCAAUGAUCCUGGCGCUACCUACAUCUUCGGGAAGAGCGGAGGCCUCAUCCUGUACACUUGGCCGGCCAACGACAGACCCAGCACGCGCUCAGACCGCCUUGCUGUGGGCUUCAGCACCACUGUGAAGGAUGGCAUCUUGGUUCGCAUCGACAGCGCCCCAGGCCUCGGUGACUUCCUCCAGCUGCACAUAGAGCAGGGAAAAAUUGGAGUUGUCUUCAACAUUGGCACAGUGGACAUCUCCAUCAAAGAAGAGAGAACUCCUGUGAAUGAUGGCAAAUACCACGUGGUGCGCUUCACCAGGAACGGUGGCAAUGCCACACUCCAGGUGGACAACUGGCCGGUGAAUGAGCAUUACCCCACAGGCAACACUGAUAAUGAACGCUUCCAAAUGGUAAAACAGAAAAUCCCCUUCAAAUAUAACCGGCCCGUAGAGGAGUGGCUGCAGGAAAAAGGCCGGCAGUUAACCAUCUUCAACACCCAGGCGCAAAUAGCCAUUGGUGGAAAGGACAAAGGACGCCUCUUCCAAGGCCAGCUCUCUGGGCUCUAUUAUGAUGUGAAAGUACUGAACAUGGCGGCUGAGAACAACCCCAAUAUUAAAAUCAAUGGAAGUGUCCGGCUGGUGGGAGAAGUCCCAUCAAUUCUGGGGACAACACAGACGACUGCCAUGCCACCAGAAAUGUCCACCACUGUCAGAACCACCACCACCAUGGCUACCACCACAACUCGCAAGAAUCGCUCAACAGCCAGCAUUCAGCCAACAUCAGAUGACCUUGUAUCAUCUGCUGAAUGUUCAAGCGAUGACGAAGACUUUGUUGAAUGUGAACCGAGUACAGGUAGGUUAGCAAACCCCACGGAGCCGGGAGUCAGACGGGUCCCGGGGGCCUCAGAGGUGAUCCGGGAGUCGAGCAGUACAACAGGGAUGGUCGUCGGCAUUGUGGCUGCUGCCGCCCUCUGCAUCUUGAUCCUCCUGUACGCCAUGUACAAGUACAGGAACAGGGACGAGGGGUCCUAUCAAGUGGACGAGACGCGGAACUACAUCAGCAACUCGGCCCAGAGCAACGGCACGCUCCUCAAGGACAAGCAGCAGAGCUCGAAGAGCGGCCACAAGAAACAGAAAAACAAGGACAAGGAGUAUUAUGUGUAAACAAAGGACACCAUUAACAAUACCUGAGUUGACAACGCAGAAUUAUUUCUAUAUCAGUACGCACAUUUUUGGCAAAGGAGAUUUCGCAGACGUCAGAACCAUGCUACCAAUGAGAUGGGGUCUGUACCAUGGCUACGGCGGGGAAAACCGUUUCCAAAAGGACACACACCAAGAUGUACCCGCCUGCCUACAUACAGUUCAGCCGUGGCUGCUCGGGUUCGGUCAUCGCCCGGAGACAAGUUCUUUCUGCCCUGCUGUAUCAUAAAGCACACACUUUGCGCUCCGGAGCCAGCAGGCGGCUCUGCGCACCCGCGGACUUGGGAGCUGCCUUCUCUUGGGACCUUUCACCGAAGGCAGAAGACUUCACGGCUUACUUGUUCCAUAACUCCAAGUGAGUCUGUAACAAUGUUUGUGAAGCUUGACUGUAACAAUGUUUUUUUUUCCUUUAAUUAUGUAAAAAACAAAAAAAAAAAAAGAAAAGAAAAGAAAAAAGUUAAAAAACAAAAACAAACAAAAAAACACCCUUAUCUGGUUCUGGCCAGUGUGUGUAACUUUUCAAGAUCUGAGGGGAAAAAAAAAAUGGCUUUUGGGUUUUUGUUUAUUUUUGAGAAUGACUGGACAUACCUUAAGAAGAAGAAAAAAAAACUCAGAAAACUAAAGCGAGAGAGACUAUUGCCAUAUGAACUCAAAAAGCUACCAUGGUGUUCACUCUACAUAUCAGGUUGUGGUGUUUUUAGAAUCUGUUGUUUGUUUCCUAUAUGAUGCUUUGCUGAUCACAUAGCAAAAAUCAUGUGAUGGAUGAGAAUAUUGAUUUGAAAAGCUGGUCCCUCAGGAUCGAAUUCCAGAAUUUGCCACCCAAACCCUGAACAGACCGGGUUAGGGCUGCUUUUAUCAGAGCUAUUGGGUUUACUUAACAAUAUCGUUCCUGUCCAUUAGCCCGGCCAAAUUGUGGUUAAAGGAGAAAGCCCCACAAGGUAAAACAGAGCCUUCCCUAUCAUGGAAAGGGAAAAGCAGGGGGGUGGGCUGGAUCUGUGACUGAUUGAAAUGCAUGCAGAUGUAGAAGAAAAGACAAUACCAAAAGUCUGUUAACUAAUCAAAACAGACAAUAGGGGAGUUCAACUUGUGAUGGAACCCACAGAAGGUCACACAAGCCAAACACAAGGCAUGAAGAGAGUGCAAAACGCAUAGUUCUCCCCCGCCCCCAACACGAUCAUGGUCUUCAUCGUGGUUUAAUUUUGUAGCCUGACACGGAUAACUUUGUCCUUCCAUUUGCUCAUGUCUCCCUUCACCCAUCUUUUCUAAAACUAACUAAAUAAAUAAUAAACGAGUAAAGCUGCUGUGACACACACACAAAAAGGAAUUUAAUAGUAUAAUAUAUAUAAAUAAAUAUAUAUACAGAUAUAUUUAUCAUGGUAUGUUUGAUGGGGUGACUGAAACAGGACACCUGUUAAAGUCUUGAAGUGGAAUGAGAAUGUUGUUUUAAAAGAAAAUAAUGACAAAACAACAAAAAAGUAAACCUUACAAUGUGAAGCAAGUGUGAGUUUUAGUUUUGUCACAGUUAACUGUGUCAAAGAGAAUUAAAAAUAAAUCUUCUCAGAUUUUGUUUACAUAUUUUACUACAUUUUUGCUGGUAUAAUUCCUUAGCCACCUAUGUACAUACUGCUUUAAGAACUGUUCUCUCCUUUCUAUUUGUGUAUUUUAGUUUGGUUGGUUUAUAUUCCAGUUGUCUUUCUUUCUUUUCUGAAAAGAGGAAACAAUGUAUAGAAAAAUAAUAAAUUGGUUGUGUGGCCAUAGCUAUCCAAGAAGCAAGAGAAAAGCAAGACAAAUAUUCACAUAAAAAUGAAAUAUGUCUGCUGGAGGGUCAGAUAUAUACAAUUUCUUUUGUACAGAUGAAAAUCAAUCAGCGUUUAGAUUUAGAAAUCUACUCUUGCUGGUCUUUGUAAGUUGCAUGAAUAUUUGACUUUGAAAACAAUAUCUUAAUGACACGGGGCAAAAAGAGCAAUUUAAACAAUGGUAGCCUUUACUAAUGUGUACGGAAAGAAGUGUUCCUCAUUACCUGAUAUUUCAAUGUGUUAACAGUUUUGAAAUUUUUUGUUGUUAUUUAAAAAGACAGGAUUAUAAAGAGAUAUCAAAGCACGAUUUUAGAUAACUUAAAUGGCCCAACCUAUAUGGAGUUGAUUAUAUCUCGAUGUCUUUAAAAGAUUGCUGUUCUUGGAGUCUUGAGGUCUUGUGAACUGAUUUUCUGCUUUCUUUCUUUAUAUUUUUUAAAAAUUUUGAGUAAAAAUACAUUUGUUAUAUUCCUUUUAGUGUAAGUUCUAUUUGGACAAUUUUACGGGAACAUGUGCAUUCUGUAUGUGAGCUUCUAUCAUAUCCCUGUUGUUUUAUGAGCAGACUCUUAAGGAAUUUAUUUUAUGAUGUUGUGAUGUUACUGCUUUUUUUCCUUUUCUCUUUUAUUUCACAUUUGCAUUUUCGUUCAAGGAUAUGCUUAGCAAUAAAAUGUUCUUCCCAAAA